UAAGUAAUUAAAAAUGCUCUUUUGUGAAAAAAUUGAUGACAUUAUUGUCGUCACAUUUUGAGUGACAGUCAAUUUCCUCUUUGUGAGGUGUAAGUGACAGUAAACACAGAUUACACCAUCAGCAGUGACCUCCAUGUGUGUGUGUGUGUGUGUCUUGGGGUUUUUUGGAUGGUUACCUGUCCUAUAUUUCUGAAAAGGUGGGCGGAGGAUUGAUCUGGAUCUGUAUAAAGAGACGGAGCACAGAGUUAACUUCACACAGCAUCUGCCAGCAGUGAAGAAAACUCUCUCUCUAAAGAUAAUUGAAUCGAUCUGAAAGAUGAAGAUGAUUUCCGCCGCCGUCUCCUUCCUCCGUCCCGCCGCCACCGCCGCCGUGUUGGUUCUCUUUCCGCUGCUUCUGAUUGGCUGGGCCGAGCAGGCGGCAUCACUUCCUGUCGACCGGUCGCUCAGUGAGCCGUUAAGAAACCCCCAGACGCACCAGGCCGUUCAGGACAUCUCCAAACACGCUCAGGGUCUGCAGACGGAGGACGACUCCAGCUCCAGGCUGAUGCCCAGAGUCAACACCGACCAGGAUCACAUGAAGAUCUGCUGCCUCCACGCUAACAUCCUGGACUUCUACCUGAACAACAUCCUGAACCAGCACCACGGACACCACGUUCAUCCCAACAUGACCCGCCUGAGGGUGGACAUGAACCGGGUCAGCGAGGACCUGCAGAACCAAGGCUGCAACGUGACUCAUUAUCAAGACCAUCAUCACGCCGUGCAGUUUCGCAGGAAGCUCGCCAAGCUGGAACCGAAGCAGCGGGGCCUCAACAAGGCGGUCGGAGAAAUCGACAUCCUCUUCAUGUACCUGCAGGACUUCUGCGUUCUGCGCAGUAACGCCACCGUCACCGAAAACUAAACGUCCUCUUCAUCAGAUGUCUCACCUUUUUUAACAGCGACUUUUAUACCUGUAUUUAUUUUCUAAAUUGAGUGUUUUUCUACAACGUAUUUAUAUUGACUCGAGUUCGAAGGAUUAGUGUUUGAUCGAUUUAUUGAUCAGGAAGUUUUAAUGCCGGAGCCGAGAGACUCUGGUGUUCAUCCCUUUGCCAUCUUAUGGCUGAUUAUUCAUAUUUAAAUUAUUUUAUUAUGAUGAAGGAGGAGGUAUUUAAACGUUACACUCUGCGGGGAGCAAGCUGUGUGUUACCAGAUCUACUUGAAAAUAAAUAAAGUUUGGUUUUGAAUAUGAA